AUGCCAACACGUGCAGCGCUUUGUCCACAAAGCCUGGAGGACCAAAUCCAGAAACGGACCGCUGUCGAGAUCGCCGAACCGACUCAACCGAGCAAUGCUGCUGGUAACGCAACAACAAGCUCAAGACAGAGUGGUGUGGUUGAUAAUUCGGAUGCCGGAUCAACCGAAAUUAUUGCUGCAGUCGUUGAACCAACAACCCUUGAAGCGCAUCCAGCUUCAACAGCGUUUGCUCGAGCAAACUGGAUUCCAGACACAUUCGAAAUGAUCGAAGUGGAGCUGUGCCGCGACCCGAUACUGGGUCUCGGCAUAACUGUUGCUGGCUAUGUGCAUAAAAAAGAUAUGUCAACAUAUCAACAUAUGUCAACAUAUCUUCAAAAGAUCAUUACGAUAUGUCAGCAUAUCUUCAAAAGAUCAUUACGAUAUGUCAGCAUAUCUUCAAAAGAUCAUUACGAUUCGUGUCGACAGCCCGGGUGA